GGCUGUUUUUAUCUUGUUGCAAUGGCUGAUGCAAAGCACCCUUCACCGACUAUAACAGAAUCAAAGACGACAACAUUCUCACUCUUUACGACAAGAAAAACAGUGGCUUUUGCUUUUAGCUUCACUUCUGUUUUUUUUCUUGGUUUUACAACUUUGUUAUUGCUCAACCCUUCUUCUUACUCUUCUCCUCGGCUUAAAAACUUCCUGCAAACUUCCUCUUACAGAUCCCAUUUUUCCUCUCUUUUCUCUCACUUUCUCCCCAACUUUUCGCAAUCCAGUCACUACCCACUUCAUGUUUCUCAAACCCAAGACAACCCUUUUCAGAUUUCUCAGGAAUCUGAAAGAUUUCAUGGAAAAAAGGAUUGGUCUUUGUCAAGAGAAGGUAACCAUGGAGGCCCUUUUCAGAUUUCUCAAGAAAGUGAAAGAUUUGGUGGAAAAGAUGAGUCUUUUACUAGUGAUCAAGUCUACAGUGGAGAAUCAGAGAUUCAUUUAAAGGGCAAUAAUGCUUUUAACACUCCUACUGUUGCCUUAAAUGGUAAUGUAACCAGCAGUCCUGGCAGUUCUUCCCAGUCUUUAAAUUUUAGAGAAAGUGGAAAAGAAUUAAAGGAAGGAAUUUUAGAGAAGGUGAGUGUUUCUAGUAAUGUGACAUUGGAUGGAAGCAGUGAUGAAAUUCUUGAGAAGCAGAGCAAGGGAAAUUUUGUGGAAAUAACGAGUCAUUGUAGAAUAUUUGAUGGGAAAUGGGUUAGGGAUGAUACUUACCCUCUGUAUGCCCCAGGGUCUUGUCCUCAUAUUGAUGAGUCUUUCAAUUGCUUUCUUAAUGGUAGGCCUGAUAGGGGCUAUGAGAAAUACCGAUGGCAACCCAAUGGAUGCAUCAUGCCAAGAUUGAAUGGUAAGCAAAUGUUGGAAUUAUUGAGAGGCAAGCGUGUAGCUUUUGUUGGCGAUUCACUCGGUAGAAAUAUGUGGGAAUCUCUGGUUUGUGUCCUUAAAAAUUCUGUUGUGGAGAAAAGCAACGUCUUUGAAGCCUCUGGUAGGCUUGAAUUACGAGCAGAGGGUUCUUACGCCAUUUUAUUCAAAGAUUAUAAUUGCUCGGUUGAGUACUUCCGAUCGCCAUUUCUAGUUCAAGAGUGGCACAUUCUUGAGAGAAAUGGAUCAAAGAAGGAAACACUUCGACUUGACAUGAUUGAUAAAUCAUCUGAUAAGUACAAAAAUGCAGAUGUUAUCAUCUUCAACACCGGACAUUGGUGGACUCAUGAAAAAACUUCCAAAGGGAAGGGUUACUAUCAAGAGGAUAGCACUAUCUAUGAUAGAUUAAAUGUUAAAGUGGCAUUUCGUAAAGCUUUGACUACAUGGGCAAGAUGGAUAGAUACUAAUAUAGAUUCUAUGAAGACCCUUGUUUUCUUCAGGGGCUUUUCUGCAUCACACUUCAGGGGUGGAAGAUGGAACUCUGGUGGGCAAUGUGAUGGUGAAACAGAACCUAUUACAAAUGAGAAUUACGUGAAGAAGUAUCCAUCAAAAAUGCGAAUUUUUGAGUCAGUGAUAAAUGGCAUGACUACACCUGUCUUGUAUCUAAAUGUUUCGAGAAUGACUGGUUUUCGGAAGGAUGCUCAUCCAUCAAUAUACCGGAAGCAGAACUUAACUGAGGAGGAGAGAAGUUCACCUAGUAGAAUCCAGGACUGCAGCCACUGGUGCCUCCCUGGUGUUCCUGAUACUUGGAAUGAGCUAGUGUAUACUCAACUCCUUAUCAAACAUAAUCAACAUCAGCAAUAGCUUCUGAAUCAAGAACAACAACAGAGAAGACCAUAGGUAAAACAAAUGCAAUUAAACUUUGUAAAUUCUUGUUGAGUCCCUAGCUUUGUCUAGAUUGAUUAGUGUCUGUUGUAUUCUAGACUGAAAAGUUAGGGUCUAUAGAGAGAAGUGUUAAAUGAUAUCAGUCUUUGGUUGGUAUUUUGGUUAGUAGCCUCUUGUAAUAUGAUUUGAAUUCAGUUUGUAUCUCUGAUAAAAAAAGAAAAAAAAAGUGUUUAUAUGCAUGGCUACUCAACCUGUUUAAUGAAAACAUUGCCAGAUUCAACAUGAAAAUUUUGGUCCAAGAUUCUAAUUUAUAUGCUUCUGCUGGUAAAUGGAGUGAUGUCUCGAGAAUGAGA